CACCUACAUCUACUGCGAUCAUACUGCUGGCGCCGCUACACAAGUGCUCUCGCCGCCGACCGAGCCCUGAUACCACAGUCAAGGCGCCCUAGUCUUCCCGCCAGUCAAGCAUCCUGCGCCCCGCCUGCAGCCGGAGCGGCGAGCCAUGAGCUCAUGGCCCGCACGCAGCUCCUCCAGCGGCUCGUCGCGCGCUCGCGGCGGGCGUAAGAGCAACACCGGCGACGUCGACUCGUACCGUCCCGGCGGGCCCGGGCCUUCGGCGAACGGCUGGCCCGCGGCUUCGGGCAGCGGCAGCCGCGACGAGCGCAGUCCGCGCGGCGCACCCAUGCCAAAGGACAACGGCUGGGGCCCGCGCGCCUCGGCUGUGGCUCGAGAUGAGCCUUCUCAUCCUGCUGCUCCUGCUGUCCCGCUCCGCCGGCCGACCUCGCCGCUUGUCCGACCAGCGCGCGCCGCAAGCUCGAACGGCGCUCGCGAGGGCAGCCCCGAGGAAGGCGAGCUCUCCGACGCCGAUUCGGACGGCGCAGGGCCGGGACCCGCCCCACGAAGCCGCAGCCGCGACGGCUCUGAGCUCAGACGACACGCCGAGCCAUCAGGCUGGGAGCGCCGCGAGCCCUCCACAUUGGCGGAGUACGACGAGCGCAGCGGCGACGCUGGCUCACAGCCGCGCAAGAGCCGCAAGCGUGGCGGUGCGCGUCGCAAGCGACGGCAGAGCCCGGUGUUGCCCGCUGAUCGAGACGGCGGCUGGCCGUCGCGACAGCCCGAGCGAGACAGCUUCAGCGAGCAACGGUCGGCAGAGCGAGCGCCGGCGAAUCGCUGGCCUGCCCGCUCCGCCUCGCCUGGUCCCUCGCGGCUUGAUCCUCCAGCAUCUGCGGAUCGCGAUGCGAGGAUGGCAGACCGGACCGAGGUGUUGCCUGCGGAAGCCGAGCCACGAUCCUCGCCGGUGCCCUCUGCGCCACAAGCUGAGUCUUCCCGUGCACCAUUCGAGAAGCAUGAUGAGGCCGCGCACGUGGCUCCUCCGCCGCAGGACCCGCCAGCUCGUGAGGUGCCAGCCGAGCCCAGGCCAGCCGAGUUUCUCGAGCCUCGGUCUGAGUCGGCAGUGCCACGCUGGCCCCGGCGCGAAAGCGCAGGCGCCGAUUCGCGCGAGGCGUCAGAGAGCCCCGCUGUGCGGACGCCCACGCCAGUGCGGCCAGAGCCGCCGCAACCUCGCUCUCCGCCUCGCUCGCAGUACGUGCCGCCGCCGCGAGCAGACGUUCAGCCUCUCGAGCCGCGAGCUUCCUUCGUGCCGCCGCCGCGGUCAGAGCUUCCUCCUGUGGAGCCGCGACAAGCAUUUGUGCCACCGCCGCGGCCCGAGGUGCCUCCUCUACAGCCACGAGCCUCGCUCGUGCCGCCGGCAAGGGCAGACAUCGCUCCUCGCCCUCCAUUCUCGCCGGUGACAGCCGUGCGGUCGCCUCUGUCCGCGACUGCCACGCCGCCUCGGGGACCCGGAGCGAUGUCGCCGCCGAACUCGGCCGCCUCAGGUUCGACGCCGCCGACUGGGCCGCGCCAGAUGUCGCGGCCAGCAGCGCAGCAGCCUCCGCCCUCGGCGCCCACCGGCCCUCGUGCGCAAUUCGCAGCUGCACGCUUUGGCGCGCCCGCUCCGCCAAAGCAGCCUAGUGCUAUGCGCACUCCCAGCGGUCCUCGGGCGUUCAUGCGCGUAGAGCAGCCCGCUGCGAGCCCGCCGAAGCCGGGUGCGCCGCCUCCGCCUCCGCCGCCAGCCGCUCUGCCACCGCCGCCUCCGCCCUCACCUCCUCCGCCGCCGCCUCCACCGGCCGAAGAAGAUGACGUCUCGGUUCCACCUCCGCCGCCGCCGCCCGGCUCGCCUCCGCCUCCGCCUGCUGAGGUCGAGGAGCCAGCGCCAGCUUCGCCUCCGCCGCCGACGCUGUCCUUUGGACACGUCCUGCUGCCGCACGAGCUGCCGCUCGAGCCCUCGAGCUCGCAGCGCGGCUUCAAGACGGUGUAUGAUCCGAAUCUGGACCGCGGCAGCGCAAAGGGCAAGGAAGCGGUGCGCCGCUACCAGACCCAGGAGGACAUGGCGGCGGUGUCAGUGGACCCGAGAAAGUCGCUGCCGCCGGUCAAGCAUGGGAGGGGUGCGGUGCGCACGCAGUUGGCGUAUCCUGUAUGGGAGGUGAGUGUUUCCCGAGGAGCCGGGCCGGGCGAAGGUGGAGGAGCGUUGCCAAUGGAGAGCGUGUGUGGUGGAGCUGUGCGGGCUGGAUUAGAUGUCGGACUGGGCGUCUUGCUGACGCGGUGUGCCUCUGCAGUGGGAUGGCAACUCGGUGGGCCCGCGACCGCCGCCGCCUCCUCGGUCGCUGCUCGUGACGGGCCUAUCGCCUCUCACGCUGCGCGGCCAGGUCGACAAUUUCUUCAUGGCGUUUGGGCGCAUCCGCGAGACGGAGCUCAAGACGGACCCGCGUACGAGCCAGAGCCUGGGCAUCUACCACAUCGAGUUUGCGCACGACUACGACGAGGACGGCAAGCCGACGCAGUCGCGCAACCCGCAGCGCGGCGACGAGGUGGCACGCAAGGCCAUGACGCAGAGCAACGGACAGCGCAUCAUGAGCGACGUCAUCACCGUCGUGCUCGACGACCUCGAGCGCUCGAAGUACGUGCGUGCGUACCGCGAGCUGCUGGCCAAGCGCUACCCGCCACGCACGGCGAAGCCGCCCGCGAGCGUCACGCCGAGCGGGCCGAAAGCGGGCUUGCUCGCUGGCGCCGGCAGUGCCAUCUCUCCGAAUGGCCAGCUCGGCGCAGCGGCAUCUGGCAGCGCCUCGCCGAUGGCGCCGCCUACCGCUCCGCGCGGCCCGCGCAAUCAGCGGCCGAUGGGCCCGGGCGUCAACAUGCCGCUCGGCCCACGUGGGCAGAUGUACGGGCGAGGCUUCGUGUCGCCUGCGACUGCGUCACCCAUGGGCCACACGCCGCCGAGCAGCGGCCACGGCUAUUCGUCGCCAGCCUCGCAGGACGCCGCGAAGGGCUCAGGCCUCGAGCCUCGCGAAGAAGACGACAUGGAUCUCGGCUCGGACAACGAGGACGACUACCGCCCGAAGCCACUGGCCGUCUUCUACGGCAGACGCGGGCGUGGCGUGCUUGGCGUGCCUGGCGCACCGACUGGCCCGCGCAAUGGCAUGCAGCGAUUGCCGGCCGGCCGCGCCGCUGUGGCUGCGUUCAACGGAGCUGCUCCACGGGUGACGACUGCCGCGGCGGAAGAGCCCGACACGAUCAUGGACAAGCUGGCGGUCAUGCAGCGUCUCGACGACCAGAAGUUCCCGUACGCCGUCGUACCGCACGUGCCGGGCGUCAACGCGCCGAAGCUACGCAUGCACUUCGCCGCCUUUGGCGUGUGCGAGGUGCUCAGCGACUCGUCGGCCUGGUAUGUCACCUUCGACACGGCCGAUGGCGCACAGCGCUGCCGCACGGUGCUCGACAAGAAGAAGGUCACGAGCGCCAACAUCCAGAUCUCGAUCGAGGUGCGGAUGCCCUUCAUCCGCGCCGCGAUGCACACCGCCAUGACGUGGGCGCCGAAGGAGGCCGACGAGGUCACCUUCACGCCUCUUCGUGCAGAGCAGGGCGCUGCAGGCGCGCGCUUCGGUGCAGGCGCCUUUCGUGGCGCCCGUGGCGGGCGCGGCGGGCGCAUCUUCAACGGCGUGGGUGGCCGUCCUGUGCCAGUUGCUGCGCCGCGCGACAACGGCUGGGGCCGCGAGCGCGCCCUCGGCCCCAAUGUGGGCGAGCCGCAGGCGCGGUGGGCCGCUGAGCGCGGCGACUAUCGCAUCGAACCGGUGCGACAGCCGCGCGUGGCGGACCCAAGCCUCGAUGUGCGCAAGG